UUGAUUCGUGGUUGGUCACAUGUGCAUACUUGUUUAAUCGCAUUUUGAUUCUUCUUAUCUUAUCAUAACUAGGCAUCUUUAAAUGGAAAUCUUGAACCAGGGAUAUUCGCUUCCUUUUCAUCUUCUCCAUAUGAUUUUGAAAUUUAUUGCCUGGAAUCAGCUAGGAGCAUCUUUCCAUUUUUUGGACUUUGACUUCAUUUUGUUAAACAUCAAGAGAAUCAGUUUAUAAUGAUUCUGAACACAGUUUUUAUAAGCCUUAGCUUUCAAUAGGUGAUGUAUCCAUCUUGAUUAUUUUCUGAGGACCAGAUUUAGAUUUCUAUGUGUUGAUUGUUUCAUAUCAUCAUCAAUAUGAGUUCUAUAUAAUAGAAUAACCUUCUAUAGUGCAAGCUUAUGUAGGCUUGAUGAUGCUGUGAAACUCCCUGGAGGUAUUGGAACCUUGUGGAAUGGAAGAAAGUGGCUCUGUUGCUAGGAGAUGGGAGGACUUGGACACUGAUGUCUUGGUGAAGAUCUUCCAGUCUUUUGACAUCUUUCAGUUAACUUCAGGCGUUGCUAGUGUCUGCAGUUCAUGGCAUAUGGCUUGUUGUGAUCCUAUGCUUUGGAAUACACUUGAUUUAUCAGUGAUGAGGUCAAAUUUUAUUAAAAUUCCAUUGGAGCCUUAUGUAUAUGUUGAUGCUCGUUCUGACAAGACAUUGACCCGUAUCUUGAAGAUAUCUUUGAGUCUCAGCCAGGGAAACAUAAUGACCUUGAUUUUUCACUUUAAUCUAUAUGUGAGUGAUGAUCAAUUGACCUAUACUGCUGAAAGGUGCCCACGCCUUAGACGGCUUGUUAUGCCAGCUUGGAACAGAAUAAAGAAAACUGGAAUAUGCAAAGCUAUUCGCAUCUGGCGGGAUCUUAAAUCCCUAACAAUGCCUAGCAUAGCAAACCCUCCAUAUCUCAUGGAAGAAAUUGCCAAUAAUUGCAAGAAUUUUAGUGAACUCAAGGUGAUGGGACCUUUUGACAAUUUCUUUGCCACUACGAUAAUAACUUGUCUACCAAAGAUAAAGGUUUUGAGCCUUCGCUGCUCAAUGCUUCUGAAGGAUGCCCUGAUCUCCAUCUUGGAUAAUUUACAAAACCUAGAAGUGCUUAACAUAUCUCAUUGCCUUCUGAUAGAAAUACCACCUCUUCCUAACCCAAGAAGAAUUAUGGAGGAGCUUGAUCAGUCUAUCCUUGAGAAGGCAUCUCAAUUACGUCAAUUUAUCACGUGCAUGAAAGAC